CUUGAAGAAGAUUAUAGGUUAGAAGGUAUAUCUGGUGAUGAUUUGAUAGGCAAAGAAAUAAAAUGCUUAGAUUUGCAAUUUUGGUAUAAAGGAAAAUGGCGAAGCUUAGAUAGUACCGAAGUAAUAGAUUUUCAAAUUCGCAAAAAUCCAUCAUUUGAUUUGAUGCUAGGACAGGAUUGGUUAUGGAUGCGUGAAGCAAAAAUUAGCUUUGGAUUUUUACUGGAAAAUUGUAAGCACUAUGCUAAAAUUGAGAUAAAUGAUAUGAGUAUCCCAUUAAUCGAAAAAGAUAGCAGACCUACAGGCGAUCCUUCAAGCUAUAAAGCCAGCUCCACUAAAAAUAACUUAUCUAUUGCAGAGCAGGUCGUAUUGUGGAACAAUGGCACUUACGUGCCUAGGCGAUUCUCCGAAUUAUGGGACUUUGUCCCUAAAUCAACAGAAUCUAAAUCUGGUCUAGCUCAAGAGGAG